AUGUUAAACAUACACCAUGAAUCUCGACCGCUCGAGAGCAAUCAAUCCCAAGAAAAAUGGCAAGCCUUGGAAGAACGCUUGAGAGUUGUCGAAGGGGGAAACAAUUAUGGAUUUGAUGCUUCAGACCUAUGCCUUGUUUCUGAUGUUAUAAUACCUCCGAAAUUCAAAUUGCCUGAAUUCGACAAAUACAAGGGAACUACAUGCCCCAAGAACCAUCUUAUUAUGUAUUGUCGAAAAAUGGGUUUUUGCGCCCAUGACGAAAAACUGCUAAUCCACUUCUUUCAAGACAGUUUGACAGGAGCUUCCCUGAGUUGGUAUAUGCACCUUGAGCGAGCUCAUAUCAGCUCUUGGAAAGAUCUGGUGGAUGCCUUUUUGAAACACUACAAAUAUAAUCUCGACAUGGCUCCUGAUAGAAUCCAGCUGCAAAAUAUGACAAAACGAGGCAAUGAAACAUUCAAGGAAUAUGCCCAACGAUGGAGAGAACUAGCUUCCCAGGUUGAACCCCCCCUAUCUGAAAAAGAAAUGGUGACCAUGUUCAUAAACACUCUUCAACCUCCGUUUUAUGACAAAAUGAUAGGAAGCGUUUCAUCAAAUUUUUCGGAUCUCGUCAUCAUAGGUGAAAGAGUAGAAAUGGGAUUGAAAAGCGGAAAGAUUGCUUAUGGCUAUACCGGAUUAAAUAACACAAAAAAGUUGCCCGCAGGUGCGAAUAAGAAAAAGGAGGAAGAAAGCCAUUUUGUGGCGUCAAACCCAGCUAAUCCUUCUUUCGUGCGUCGCCCUUACGCUGCUGCAACUUCACAAAUCUCAGGUACUCUAAAUCAACACUUACAAGGGAAUCAAGAUUCAUAUGAAAGUCAGGGGAAAAACUAUCGUGGGAGGAAGUUCGUACAUUUCGACCCAAUCCCUAUGACCUAUGCAGAGUUAUUACCGCAUCUGGUUAGCAAUUCUAUGGUUGCACUAUGUCCCGGGAAAACUAUAGAACCACCCUACCCAAAAGGAUAUGACUCGAAUGCCGUGUGUGAUUACCACUCUGGGGCUGUAGGACACUCUACUGAAAACUACUUAGCUUUAAAAUUUAAGGUGCACGAUUUGCUUAAGGCUGGAUGGUUGAAUUUUAAAGAAAACGAGCCUAACGUGAAGAAUAAUCCUCUACCAGUCCAUGGUGGGCCAAUAGUGAAUGCAAUCGAAGAAAAUCACCAAGUAAUAAGGGAGGUCGAGAAAAUUAAGGCCCCGAUGGGACUGAUUUUCUCUGAGUUAUGUAAAUUUGGGUUAAUCCAAGGAAAUGCCGAUGUGAAAGCAAGAUGCAAUUUCCACCUCAAUGAAGAUCAUUCCAUAGAAGAAUGCAACGAGUUCAAAAAAGAACUUCAAAAAUUGAUAAACAUGGGCACCAUUCAAAUAGGUCGUUGGGAAAAGGAUGACGGUAUGAUUGCAACCCAAUCAGAAGAAAAACUUGGCAUAACCAUCCCAAAGCCAUUGGUCAUUCAUUUCACUAAGGAGGAAAGUAUGAAUGCCCCCGGUGAUUUGAGGACCUUAAUAGUUCAGAUACCAAGCCCUUUUUCAUAUAAAGACAACAAAGCCGUACCUUGGAACUAUAAUGUAGAGGUACAUCUAGCUAAACAGAAGGACAAAGAUGUUUCUAGCUCUAAAACCACCGCUGUCACAAACGUUUCAGGAAUAGGAAUGACUAGAAAUGAUCGGAUAUGCUCCCCAGGAAAAUCACAAAGAGAAAUGAGGGUGGUAUUUGAGAAGGCAUACACAGAUAAAGAAGAAAAGAAAGUCGAAAAUGAGAAAGUGGAAAAUGAGGUUUCUAAUGAAGAAGCUCAGGAAUUUCUCAAAAUCAUCAAACAGAGUGAAUACAAAAUAGUCGACCAACUCAACCAUACUCCUACAAGGAUUUCAUUGUUAUCCCUAUUGAUGAAUUCUGAGUCCCACCGGAAGCUAUUGAUGAAAAUACUAAAUGAGGCUCAUGUAACUCACGACAUCACCGUGGACAAAUUUGGAGGCAUCAUAAAUAACAUCACAGCCAACAAUCACCUAACUUCACAGAUGAUGAGUUGUCGACCGAAGGGAGAGGGCAUAAUAAAGCACUACACAUAUCAGUAA